AUGUCUUCAUAUUCUUUCACUCCACUUUCAUUUAAAGAAGAAACAGAGAAAAUUAAUCUGAAAACAUCCGAUGAUUACAACACUAGCUUGCCCAAAGGUCGACAAGAGGAACUUUUGAUGUCAAAUGAAUGUUUACUUCACAUAGUGGCUUCUGAUUUGGUUUAUGCAAAUUUAUUUGUUUCCUCACAUUCCCUCGUUUGCUUGCUACACGGCUUGCGUUGUUACUGA